CAUGGAAAAACUCGGUAUAAAAGUCCACUCGGAUCGUUGGAUGUGUAUCAGUGCAACGCUGCAUUACGUCUUUUUCGCUUCACCCGGAGAAAAAACAAACCAACUCAAUCAAUCAUGAAGCUCUUGAUCUUCCUCGCUCUCUUGGGCCUUGCCUUCGGCUCAGCCCUGUCGAAGCCCGCUGAGACUCUGGCCGAAGCACCGGAGCUGCUGGAAGCCGAGGAGCCCCUGGCCGCUGCACCGGAGGAGAAGAAAAUCGAGAAGAGAGGACUGCUCGGCUACAACCCGUGGGUGGUCGGACAUCAUGUCCAUAGUCCCGUCGUCUACAGCCACAGCUACUUAUCGCACGGAUACGGUCUUCACGGUGGACUCCACGGCUAUGGUGUGCCCCUCAUCUCCCACGGCUACUACGGCUGGAACAGGUGGUGAGGAUCCGGCGAUCUCAUCGACGAGCUUUAUUAUUUAAAAAGCAACUUAUUUAAUGAAUUAUGAUUAAUUAAUUAACGCGUUUUAACAUCGGCCUCGAACGAACUCGAAUGGAUAUUUCUUUUUUAUGCAAAAGUCGUGUCGUCGUAGCUUUUUCGAGUCUGAUCGUUAAAGUGAUAUGUAUUAAUGUCAACGCAAAAUCUCCAAUCCCUUCUGAUUCGAUUAAUUGAGACAAAUCAAAAAGUAACAAAAAAAAACGGAGCUGUGCAAUGAUAAUAACGAUAUAAUUUUUACCUCUAUCUUUUACGUACUACGACUCACUUCCGCUGUACUUCCUUCAGCUAAAUUGUACAUUACUGACUGCAACAAAAAAAAACCCCACUUACUUGCGCUCGUCGUGUGUUGUUGAGCUUUGUAACGAACAGCAAAAAAAAAAAAAAAUUGUACUAUUAAUAAUAUGUACUACUACUGAGAAC